UUUCGAACGCAUUUCGCGUCGUGCUAAUCCCUUUUCAACAAGUUGCAUUGAAACGCAGAAAAAGAUUAGGGCCUACCCUGCUGCUUUUGUUUGACAACGCGAGAAGAGAAGAUUAAAGGCCUAGAAGACCUAGCAUAGCUGGGUCUAAUCCUAAAAAAUGGCGUUCGUUGAAGAAGGUCUUCGUUUGCUAGCUGGUCAUCCCUUUCUUAUUAUAGGGUGUUCAUUUAUAGUUUUUCUUGUUUACACUGUAGGAAAAUUUGCAAAUUUCUUCAAUGUAGGCCCGAACCCUUUCAAAACUUUGAUCGAGGCAAAGCAUACACCGUACGUAAGUGACCUCGCAGCCCGAGAUAAGGUGAUCAAACAAGGCUUUACAUCACAAAAAGUUCCGGAAAACUUAGAUGCUAUCGUGAUAGGCAGUGGAAUCGGUGGUCUGUCAGCUGCUGCAAUUCUGGCCAAAGCUGGCAAGAAAGUUCUGGUCCUUGAGCAGCACGACCAAGCAGGAGGAUGUUGCCAUUCUUUCCAUGAUAAAGGAUUUGAGUUUGAUGUUGGUAUCCACUACGUUGGUGAGAUGGUGCCAGGAACACUGACAAAGAUCUAUGUCGAUCAGAUCACUGACGGAAAAUUGGAAUUUACUCCGAUUGAUCAGAAUUUUGACACUUUAAUGAUUGGAAAAGGUGAAAAGAAACGUGUUUACAAAUUGGAGUGUGGUUCAAGAGAAAUUUACCGACAAUCUCUUCUGAAAUCUUUCCCUGAUGAGCAGAAAGCCAUUGAUAAAUAUAUGAAAUUAUUGAAGGAAUGCAAGGAGAGUUCUCUGGGCUUCAUGUUUCCGAAGAUUGCACCAAAACCUCUGGUAAAGCUGUUGAAUAUGACCGGUUUAAGCAAAAUGAUGUUCUCAAAAUAUGAUAAGUUUGCUAAAAUGACUACACAAGAGGUCUUGGAUCAACUCACAGACAACAAGGACUUGCAGGCUUUGUUCUGCUAUUGUUAUGGUGAUUAUGGAACUCCACCGAAAUCUUCAACAUUUGCCAUGCACGCUAUGCUUGUCAACCACUUCAUCUACGGCUGCUACUAUCCCCGUGGAGGAGCAAGUGAAAUCGCAUUCACUAUCAUCCCAACUAUCGAAAAGUCUGGCGGUCGUGUCCUUGUCAGGGCACCCGUAACCAAAAUCUUGGUAGAAAAUGGAAAAGCAUGCGGCGUUCGUGUUGCCCGUAGUAGCGGUGAUGUUGACAUCCGAGCACCAGUUGUUAUCUCCAAUGCUGGCAUCUAUAACACGUUUCAGAAACUUGUACCAGCAGAAGUCGCUUCAUCUAUGGGAAAGGUUGAAGACGUAUACAAAGGUGGAAGGCAUGGCAUUGGCGCGAUGUCCGUGUUUGUUGGUUUGAAGGGCACGUCCAAGGAGUUAAAUCUGAGAGCUGGUCAAGUGUGGUCAUUCACUAGCAACGAUGUUGACGCCGUCGCCCAUGAGUACAUCGGACGGUCACAGCAAGAUUCAGCCAAAGAUCAAAUCCCACUUCUCUUUAUCUCAUUUCCAUCAGCUAAAGAUACCACCUGGGAUGCUCGAAUGCCAGGCAAAUCCAACUGCACUCUAGUCACUCUAGCUAAUUACAACUGGUUCAAGAAAUGGGAGGAUGAACGUGUAAUGAAACGUGGAGAGGACUACGAGACCAUCAGAGACUCAAUCGGAAACUUGAUGUGGGAGCAGACAUGUCAGAUAUUCCCACACCUGAAGGAUAAGGUUUGUUGAAUAGACUUUAUUGUA